UUCUGCCCAGCCGGCAUCAGGAUCGGGCGCCAUGCUUUGAAUCAUCGGCGUUGUGAUACUGCUCGCGCGAUCCGGUAGGGUUGAACGUCCCCAUGCAUUUGCAGGGAGGAACCGACGCAAAGGUUCAGUUAGAGUCCGACAAGUGCGCAAGUUGACUGCACAGAAACGACGAACCAGCGCUGUCUCCCUUACACCGCAGCGUGCACGGCAUUCAGAAUGUCAUCAAAGCAGAAGUCUCGGUACGAGGCACUCCCCUACCGAUGUCUCACGUGGCUUUUCUCCAAGCUGGACAUCCUCUCUCCACAAAACUAUGCCAUGAGUGAAUUAGCUAGCACACUUGCUGUGUUCGUGGAGUGGUCUUUUGGAAGCUGGCAGAAGUUGAAGCACCUCAGAAUGCCGUCGACAUCAACAGAGUCUACUUCCCUGAGGCCGCCCUCUGUCGACUUUGGCAGCGUCAGUCGACUGCAAUCACCUGUGCCCAGGAGGGAAGGGGUCAUGCUCAGGUGCUACAGGAGCAACUCCGGCCUGAAGGGAAGCUGCCUGCGGCCCCUGGCGCCGUGCGGGUCGCGUGCCAGCAGUGACACGGCCAGCCGCCAAUGCAGUCCCAUCCCCGAGAGCGUGGAAAGCGACAUCUCACUUCUCAAGGAGGAAGUGGCGUCCCUCAGGAAGCAGUUCGAGGAGCUGGUCGUCUCGCAGAAAGAUGCUGAGGUGCGCAGAAGCACCUCAGCCAUGUAUUCUCCCACUGGAGCUGUUCUGCCACCACCACCACCACUGCUAUCAUCGCUGCCACCUCCUCCGCCCCCACCACCACCACCUCCAAGCUUUUUUGCACCCGUUCAAAAGGUUGUUAUACGCAAGCAACGCCCCCGGGACCCAUUGAUAGCGCAGGCAGAGAAGUCUCACGAGGCAAUGCUUGCCGAGGUGCUCAAGGGGCUUGGAACAGUCAAGCUAAAGAAAGUUGAAAAGUCGCCAAGCGGCACACCUUUGCGGAAGGGCAUCACAGAAUCAGAAUCGUCCACAAGUACAGAUCCAGCCAGCAUGCUGGCUAACGCACUCAAGAAGCGCUUUGUGCACAUCCAUCCACCAGAGAGCUCAGACGACUCAGCUGCCGAGGGGUGGAGUCCCUCCUCACCAGACGUGCAGGUCAAGCGCAGGGUCGGCACCCACAAGGAGGCGACUCUCCGGCCGUCGUAACCUGGAAAUGUCCACCGUGCUGUCGCCCAUGCAAGAAGUGGGCGCGUGAAACUACACCAGGGCUUUCAGCUGAAGGCUGCACGUGGAUAGCUCUGGCUGUGAUCGCGGCCAUCGUUUUGCUGUGCAGCCUAUCGAUCAGGUGCCAUGAAGACUGAUCGCAGCCCAGCUGUACGCGAAUCAUGGUUGUUGAAGGAGGCAUGACUUGGUCUUAGUCAUUUUGUAUAGCAAGAUGCGUGGCGUUUGUGUGCUUUCACCAGCAAACAGCUUCAGCGUUCGUCGGAAUUGUGUUCUUGAUUCCGUGAGCAGCAGUGAGUGUACUGUUCCUUUAUUUUUUUUGUGGCUGUGAGAAAUAAAAAAAUAUGAUGCUUUCUAAAUCUA